AUGAGGAACUGUCCAAAGCCUGNUCAAUGGACGCCGGUUGUCAGUAAGAAUAAAAAGAAGACUAAAGAUUCAAACUCAACUACCGCGGCUAUUGAUGAUCCUUCUACGGUUCUUCAGGAUUCUAGUGUUCCCCCAGAGAUUGUGCAGCCUGAACCNAACUNGCCUAUUGUGGAGCCUCUUGUUGCGGUUUCUCCAGGCUUGGACCAACAACCCUCUAUAGUGGUUCCAGAUACUGAAGUGGUUGAUAGCAUGGAAAUUGAGUCCAGCUCUCCUNAAGCAUCCCCUGGGCCUACUUCCUCCCCUGGGUCCCCCAUGGAUGUUAUUCAAAAUUUUGUGCUGGGUCUUGGUGCUGCUUUCCACUCGAGACAAGUGGUUGUGAUUCCCCCAACCCCUGGCCCUGUUAUACCUACCAUAAAUCUCAACCCUAAACAGUUUAACCCCUUCAAACCUUCUAGCCACCAAAAGAAACCGCCAACCCCUCUGAUCCCUCCAACAAACUCACCCACUAUCUCACCACCCAUAAUCUCACCACAAAUACCUCCACCAACAUACCUUCAAAUGGCAAAGCAAAAAAAAAAAACUCCUAGAAAACCAUUGUCAAUCGACUACUCCUGUAAACCUUUUUGUGAGCCCUCUUCUGAAGCUGGAGGAGGCUCCUCCCAAAUCNCAAUGAAUCCCAAGACCUUUUUUUGGAAUGUCCGUGGCCUAAAUGACCCGGACAAGCAUCAACCUUUUGCUCAAUGGCUGAAUNCUUACCAGCCUCUCAUUGGUGCUGUUUUGGAAACACAUAUCAAGAAACAAAAUUUGAAUCAUGUUAUGAUGAGAGCAUGUCCUGGCUGGAACUUUACCUCGAACCAUGACANUGAUGCUGAUGGUAGGAUCAUUCUGAUCUGGAAGGACCUUUGCUCUGUCCAAGUCCUUCACCAAUCAAAACAAUCUCUGACGUCCUCUGUUGCUCUUCCUGGGGGCUUCAAGUUCACUUUCACGGCUGUCUAUGCUUCAAAUACAAGAGAGGAAAGGGUGCCGNUGUGGGAGGAACUCUUGGAACUUCAGCAAACUCUGUUCUUGGAAAACACAAGUUGGUUAAUCGGUGGGGACCUAAAUCAAAUCAUGCACUUUGCUGAGCACUCAAAAGCCUCNGUUAAUCACUUAUCUGAUGAUAUGAUUGAGCUGAAGGACAUUAUGUUGAACCUGGGUAUGGAUGACAUGCGUUACCAGGGGUGCUCUCAUACCUGGACUAACAAAAGGCCAGAGGAUCCUAUCACAAAGAAGCUGGAUAGAGCCUUAGUAAAUGAGAAUUGGAUUGUCACUUACCCUGACAGUGUUGCCACUUUCCUCCCCUUUUCCUUCUCUGACCAUACUCCUUGCUUAAUUGAUCUUGCUUGCCCUUUACCUUCCUCUGGGUGCACUAACGUCUUGAUUCUCACCCAAAUCAUGAACUUCAGUAGGUUUGUUGAGACUCCAUUCUUCUGCUAUUCCAAGUGCUUCUCACCGGCGUUCCUUGAUGAUUCUUGA